UAUCGAUGAACAAAAGCAAUAGUUAGGGUUCCAAUCCCAACAGCAGAGCAGUCCACAGUCGUCGGCAGGUCACCGGAGCCACCCCCAAAUUACAGAAUCAUCGUGCUCAUCAUUGGAAUAAAAGUAUUACGGUGGCCGGAGCAUGGAGGCGGAGAAUCAAUAUCCGUUUCAGAUCGACCUGGGUAAUCUCACGGCGUUCAAUCCUCACCAUCAAUUUCCUUCCUCGCUCUCCUCCAGGGAGGAUCUAGUUAAUGAAUGUCUGCAGAAGGGCAUAGAGUUGGUUCAAUUUAUUGCCAACGAACUUUUCAAUCGGCCUUCCACUGAAGACAGAGAUGGUCCCCUUGUGAAGUUGCCUCCACCUACUACAAAAUUGCCCAGAGAGAAGCAUUUACCAAAGCCUAAACCUCCUACAAAAUGGGAACUUUUUGCCAAAAAAAGAGGUAUAAAGAAUCGUAAAAGAGAUAAGAUAGCAUAUGAUGAACAGACGGGUACAUGGAGACGUCGCCAUGGUUAUGAUCGUGCAAAUGAUGAGGAUAACAUACCCAUAAUUGAGGCCAAGAUGACUGAUGAGCCUGGGGAGGAUCCAUUUGCUACAAGGCGCGCAAAUAAGAAAAACCGAGUUGAAAAGCAAGAAAAGAAUCGGUUAGAGAAUCUGAAGCAAGCUGCAAAAGUUGGUGCCCUACCAAGCCACGUUCAACUAGCUGCCACCACUUUGCCCAUAACGGGAACUCAAGCUGCACCUAAGAAAAUUACCAAGGAUGACCUAGGAAAUGCAGCUGGAAUGGCAGCAACUUCAACAGCCAGUGGUGGAAAAUUUGACAAGAAGCUGGCAGGAGAAAAACCUGCUAAACAUCAAGGAAAAUAUCGCAAGUUUCUGCCUGUUGUGGAGGGAACAGGGAUUGGCUCCCAAGAAAAAGAGCAAACUGAGAAAGUUCUCAACAGAUUAAUUUCCAGAAAUUCACAUGAGAUUCUCAACAUUAAUAAGGCCGUCAACAUGUACAACGUGAAAAGAGAAAAGAAACAAAAAGGGCAACGAGGAAAGUCUUCAUCAAUGUCAAGCAAGUUGAAACCAAAUAAGAAACUCCAGAAGAAGUCGUUGAAGAAGGGAUCUUCAAAGAAAUGAAUGAUCCCUUUGCAAUAGCAUGAGUUCUUGUAGAGGUGCGUGUAUUGGAUUAAAUUAUGGCUUAAGUUUUUAAUGUAUCAUUAUCAUCAUUAUUUUGUAGUGGAGAAAUUUUAGUCAUCUCGAAAGCAAUUUUGUAGUUCUCAUUUCAGCGGCCAAAUCCUUCCCAUAGUAUCUCCCAUUUUGCCUUGUUGGUUUUCUUCUCAUCUUCGGUUCACAUGAUUCGCUCUUUGUUUUUUUUUUCUGGGUAUUUUUUAUGAAAUUUAUGUUUGUUUUUCUAUGAGAAUCCUUUUGAUGUC